AUAAGGGAGAGCUACUUCCAGAGAAGUUAGAGUGAUUUAAUCCGUUGCUUAAGGAACAUUGCGUCUCGCUGAUAUUUACCUAAGUUUUGUACUAACCAGAGUGCACAAUGAGCUUUUUGAAUCCUCUUUUUGGCCUGAUUCUCACUUUGUUUCAGAUUGGGAGGAAUCCUGCUAGUGCUGGGAUGUGCUGGCUGCAGCAGAGUCAAGACCAAAGGUGCAACAUGGUGCUGAUGAGAGGGGUGACCAGAGAGGAGUGCUGUGCCGGGGGACGCCUGGACACAGCGUGGUCCAACACUAGUCUGCCCAUGAAUGAGGUCAGCCUGCUGGGUUUCCUGGGAAUCGUCUCCUGUAAACCCUGCAAAGAGACUUGUGAGGGAGUCAAAUGCAGUCCCGGGAAGGUUUGCAAGAUGAAGACUGGAAGGCCUCAGUGUGCGUGCUCUCCAGACUGCUCUCACAUUUCCCGAAAGCAUCCUGUGUGCGGCAGCGAUGGAAAAACAUACAAGGAUGAGUGUGUUAUGUUGAUGACCCGCUGCAUGGGACACCCUGACCUGGAGGUCAUGUACCAGGGAGAGUGCAAAAAGUCAUGCUCCAAUGUGGUGUGUCCAGGAACUCACACCUGUGUGACUGACCAGACCAACAGUGCUCACUGCGUCAUGUGCCGCACUACACCUUGUCCAAUACCCAUGCUGUCUGAGCAGCCUAUCUGUGGCAAUGACAACAUGACUUAUCUUAGUGCCUGCCACCUCCGCCGGGCCACCUGCUUCCUCGGCCACUCCAUAGGAGUUCGAUACUAUGGACACUGCAACAAUCCCCCAAAGAAAUCUCAUGAUUUCCAAGGCAGCGAGGAAAACGCAGUCUAGAUGGAUGAAUCCUGCGUCAGUCGACAAACACACCACUAGCUUCCCAUAACGACCUCUUUUGUGACAAUCACUUCCCCUCCUCUUUGUACACAGAAUGACGAUACAUUUGAUAUGGAAAACCUCUGUUUGGAUGACGCACAUUGGUGUAACUGCCUGAAAAAAAGCUACCAAAACUUUUCGGGAAUUUGUGUUAAUCAUGCGUUAGUUUAGGGAAGUAGACACAGAUGAACACUAAUCUCAUGUUCAUCUGCCUCUGCUUCCCUCAUGAGCUCUUUGGGAGAUGUGUGCAUAUUGUAAAUAGAAUACCACUGCUAUUUAUUGGAGAAGGUAUCAAACUCUAUUUAUGUUUUUAUCCUAGUAACAAAUCCAUAUAUCCUGGGAAAGCUGAUGCAAAAACAAAUGUAUUUAUUGUGUUUUGUUUAUUGUGUAUGUACAAUAGCGGUCACUGGCAUUGGCAUUUUAUGACUUUUUACGUUUUUUAUGGUCUCCAUUUCCCACAAACCCUAUAAGUUGAUGGAAAGUAAUCCUAAUUUGUUUGGAAAGUUGAUACGACUUCAUAGCCUGCCAAUGUGGUUUUAAUUCAUCACAAACAACAACAGGACGACUGCAGUUGUACUGUAUGUAUUUUAGCUAAAGAGAUUCAGCCUAAACAAACCUGUAUAGUCUCUCUCUCUCCCUCUCUCCCCCCCCCCUCUCUCCCCCCACACAUGUUUACUCUGGAUCCCGAUCCAAACUCUUGGCCACCCGCUGAUCACUAAAAUUAACAGUUUGGUUGUGUUUGUAGGAGUCUCAGAAGACUGUUGGUACAACCCCAAGCCCUGUACAAUACCUCCUCUGUUGAAUGCUUGGCUUUGUUUUGUAAAUGCAUUUUGUAGGUCAUGCUAGUUCAUUCCAAUGCUGUUGUGCUGCUUUUAUUUGAUUGGAUUUUUUUCAAAGAACUUGCUGGACAGACAAAUGUAUUUAGCAUCGUCUGAUUGAAAGGAAAAUUAAAUUUGUCUAGGAAUGAACUGCAAUUUAGGCCAAUGGAACAUACCUGAUUAUACUGCGAUCAGAGCAGAGUCAAUCUGUUUAUUGCUGGCGCUUGUAAACCUGAUAUAUAUCUGUACAAAUGGCCACCUCCAAAUGGCCAAGUGAUUCAACAGGCCCAAAGCAGAUGUCUUUAUACUAUAAAUAAUCCUUAAAAUGUAUUAUGGAAGAUUUCAAUGAACCACACAAACUCCUGUAAAUAACAUUCAUAAUAACAUCAUGUGUACCUACUUGUGUACCUACUGUGAAAUGUGAAUGAUAAAUGCAUCAACAUAUUUUUGUAUUUUUGUACUGCCAUUUCAAAAACAACAUAAAGUUUAAUA